AUGACCCCAAGGAAGAGAUCAGCACAAACACAGAUGUGGAAGCCCUUCAUGGAGUCCCACAGCAAGCAGCCCCUGCCAAAGCUCCCCGCAGAAGAGUCCCUGCCUGAAGACGCAAGCCUCAAGGCGGUUCCCAGCGUGCACACGCUCUACGUGGGCCACCUGAAUCCCCAGUUCUCAGUGCCGGUGCUCACCUGCCUGCUACGGGACACCCUGGAGCAACUUGAGCUGCCAGUGGCACGGGAGCACAUUGAGGUGGUGAGGCGACCACGGAAUGCCUAUGCGCUGGUACGGGUGGCCACCCACAAGGACACCCUGGCCUCCCUACCCUGGCGCCUGCAAAUUGCCACAGAGGAGAAGCUGAUCCUCAAAGAGCUGACAGCCCGGGGGAAGGAGCUAGUAUUGAAUGAGACCUGGGGCAGAGAGGUAAGUGGGACCUCCCCAAGCCACCCUGGCCCCAGCCCUGGUCCCAGCCCCGGAUCCGGCCAGGGCUCCAGUCUCCCCAUGCCAACGGGACCCGCAGACUUCUCACCUAGGCGGCAGUGGACCCAGCGGUGGCUGAUUUCCCAGAACCGGCCCAGCGGUGUGCGCUCCGACAGCGCCAUCAUGCACCAGGAGAUCCUGGGCCAGGAGCAGCUCUUCCAGGGCACCUUCCUGGGCAGCGAGACACGGAACAUGGAGUUCAAGCGGGGCAGUGGCGAGUACCUGAAUCUAGCCUUCAAGCACCACGUGCGGCGCUAUGUAUGCGCCUUCCUCAACAGUGAAGGUGGCAGCCUGCUAGUGGGCGUUGAGGACAGUGGCCUGGUGCAGGGCAUCCGCUGCAACCACCGUGAUGAGGACCGCACACGCCUGCUGGUGGACUCCAUCCUGCAGAGCUUCAAGCCCCAGGUCUUUCCUGAUGCCUACACCCUCACCUUCAUCCCCGUCAUCAGUGCCUCCACCACCGUGCCUCUCAAGGUGCUCCGUCUGACUGUGCACACCCCCAAGGCCCAAGGGGAACCCCAGCUGUACGAGACAGACCAGGGGGAAGUGUUCCUGCGACGGGACGGGAGCAUCCAGGGGCCACUGUCCGUCAGCACCAUCCAGGAGUGGUACAGGCAGAAGUGGAAAACAGAGCUGGGCAAGCUGGAAGAGAAGGUGAAGGUGCUGACGGUGGAGAAGGAGCAGCUCCAGCAGCAGCUGAGGCAACUGCGGCCUGUGUCCUGCACCUGCUGUGUCCUGUGA